GUUCUUAAACAGCUUCUCUGUACAGAUUUGCCAUUCUGCUUGAUUUCUCCGUCUGCUUUACAUGAACUCAACAGUGUUAGUGUUUCAUCCACCCGCUUUUGUGAUCAUGGGACAGAAGAGAAAGAGAGAUUGUUUUUCUGACAGCGAUUGCGUUAUUGUGCACAAUUCCUAUCUUGGUGCACAAACAAAAUCCUGCCCCAACGAGGCCAUCAACUAUCUCCAGCCCGUUGAAGAGAGGCGGCCAUCAAAAAAGAUGAGGAGCAGGUCGCCCUCUAGUUACUUCUCUGCUCAAAGUGUCACCUCUGAGGAGAGAAAUACUGAAUAUUAUGAUUCCUUCAUGGAUUGCUCUGUGGAGAAUCAUGAACUUCAGGAUAAUGACACCAGCAGCAGCGGCCUGAGUCUUGAUGACAAGGCCAACUCUAGUUCCAGCUCCUCCAGCAGGACGUCCUGCUCCAACACUGCCUCCAGCAGGACGUCCAGCUCCAGCAAGACAUCCAGCUCCACUUCCAGCAGCCCGUCCAGCUCCAGCAGCAGUCUUGGCGGUCAGCAGGACAUUGACAAUGAAUAUUUGGGCCGCUACAGAAUUGUGAAAAAGCUCGGUGAGGGAGGAUACGGCACAGUGUUUGAAGCAGUUCGUGUGAUGGAUGGUCUUGAGGUGGCAAUGAAGGUGGUUUUGAAGAGCAAUGACCUGGAUUAUCUCAGCAUUCCUGGUCAUCCUACACCCCUUCCGUUAGAGGUUGCUCUAACGAUUCUUGCCAACGAAGGUCCAAGCGUUCCUCAGAUAAUCCAGAUGUUGGAGUGGCAGGAGCGGCCCGACUCCUACAUAAUGAUCUUGGAGCGCCCCUCACCCUGCGAAGACCUGUUUGAUUUCCUGGAGCGGCACGGAGGAACCCUCAGCGAGAACAUGACGUGGCACAUCAUGUGGCAGGUAGUGCAGGCUGCCCACAUGUGCUGUCAGCGAGGGGUCCUUCAUCGAGACAUAAAACUAGAAAACCUGCUGAUAAACAAGGAGACCCUGGAGGUGAAGCUCAUCGACUUUGGCUGCGGUGAACUACUGAAGACCUCUGCCUACACAACAUUCUGUGGCACCGAAGAUUACUGUCCACCUGAAUACAGGUCUAGUGGCAGAUAUUACGGUAAAGCGGCAACCGUUUGGUCACUGGGGGUUCUCCUAUAUGAACUGCUGUGUGGAGAACCUCCAAAACACAGUGACCUGGAAUUGACCAAUGAAAGAAUUUGGAUCAAAUCUGGAUUGUCAAAAGAGUGUUGCCAACUGGUCCAGGCCUGCCUUCAGAGGAGCCCAAAGAAGAGGAUUGCUUUGGGAAAACUCAGCAGCCAUAGCUGGUUCAAGGUAUUCAAUUCUACAGUUUCUAUCUUGAGCAUUUUUAUACAGGAUGUUUCUACAAGUAGGGACCCUCAAGAGCACAGGUGUCAAAUCCAGUUCCUGUUGGGCCGCAUCUCUGGUAAAGCUGAACUGUGCAGAGAUGCGGCCCUCCAAGAACUGGAUUUGACAUGUGCUCAAGAGCAUCCUGAGCAGCUGCAUCAACUAAACUACCUCCAAACACACGCACUUAUUCAGAGGAACUGUGUUUACUGA